AUGGCACCCACUGUAGCAAAUGUUAACGAGCGUGCCAUUGAGCCGUCCCCCGGGGCCAUUCAGGGAGCGCCAAAGCGGAGAUGGGUCAGCUAUAUUUGGGAUACUUUUGAUAAGUCGCCAGAAGAGCGACGACUGCUGUUUAAAUUGGACACGGCGAUUCUAACAUUUGCAUCACUGGGUUAUUUCAUCAAAUACCUUGACCAGGUCAAUAUCAACAAUGCAUUCGUUUCGGGAAUGAAAGAAGAUCUGGGACUAUACGGGAAUGAGCUGAACUACAUGCAAGCAUGCUGGACGGUGGGAUAUGUCAUUGGAGAAAUUCCCAGCAAUUUGCUUUUGACGCGAAUUCGACCACGGUAUUGGAUUCCCGCCAUGGAGUUGCUGUGGACGGUGCUCACGUUCUCGCUCUCGCGAUGCAACACGGCCACUCAAUUUUACGUUUUGCGAUUCUUCGUUGAGAUAGGUCUCGCCGAAAGCACAUUCUACCCCGGGAUGCAAUACAUAAUUGGCUCCUGGUAUCGCAAGGACGAACUAGCGAAACGCUCGUGCAUAUUCCACACGAGUAGCGGCAUUGCAGCCAUGUUUUCAGGAUAUCUCAUGGCCGCAGUGUACAACCUAGAAGGGCGCGGUGGGUUUCGAGGCUGGCAGCUUUUCGUGGUUGACGGCAUCAUUUCUUUGCCAAUAGCACUCAGUGGAUUCUUUAUCCUCCCUGACGUGCCGGAGAUCUCGAGUCCGUGGUAUCUUAGCGAGCGGGAAGUUGAGCUUGCCCAGAAACGAAUGGAGCUUGAAGGCCGAAAAAAUCGUCAACCUUUCACAAAGAAAAAGUUCAAGAAGAUAUUCUCCUCGUGGCAUAUUUAUCUUUUGACUAUAGCGUAUAUAGCAUUCAACAAUUCAGGCACCGGAAGCCAGCCAGUCUUUCAGCAAUACCUCAAAUCGUCGAAGGACCCAAAAUACACCAUCGCCCAAAUCAACGCCUACCCAACCACUACCAACGCUGUUCAGGUGGUCACAACGCUCAUAUACGCCUGGACCUCUGACUCCGUCCUUAACGGAAAACGCUGGCCUCCGAUAAUAUUCGGCGCAAGUAUAAACAUAAUAUGCUACGUGUCUCUCGCUGUGUGGGAUAUCCCCGAAGGUUGGCGCUGGGCGUGCUAUAUCCUCUGCGGGGCGGGUUCCGGUAUCAGCGGGCUGCUCAUGGCAUGGGCUCAGGAAAUAUGCUCCGAAGACAAUGAAGAACGCGCCCUCGUCAUUGGCUCCAUGAAUGAAAUGGCCUACGUGUUCCAAGCCUGGCUACCGCAGGUAGUGUGGCAACAGGUAGAUGCACCGCAGUACCAGAAGGGAUUUAUCACAGUCGCCAUAUUGUCUGUUAUUUUAAUUGCCACUACUUGUGGAAUCUUUUCCAUCCAGAACUCGGAGGGUAGGAGUCAUAGGUAUGUCAAGAUUACUCUGAAAGCUAGCGGUGAUACUGAUAUGUUGGCAAUUGUUUGCAGACCGGACAGAAAAGAUAGUGAAGAUCCAACUGAGACAGAACAAAGUACUGAUGGCACAGUGUGA